AUGCGAACAACCGAAGAGUUCAUCGCAGGGUUUACCGAAGAUAAGGGCAACCAGGUGAAAGAGAGGUUAUCCAACUUGGAAGCAGUUUGGAAGGCGUUUGAAGCCGCGCAAGGGAAGUUAGAAACCCUUGAGGAUGACGAAAAUCAGUUGACUACAUUGUUCGACCAACGUAACGAGUUUUACAACAAGUAUUGUGUGGCCAAGGGAUUCCUAACCUCAAAUCUACCACGUGCAUUGCUUAUUCCGGAUGAGGUUGAUCUGGAGAAGUCUAUACCGACGGCAACUGUGCGUCUACCCAAGCUGGAUUUACCAACAUUUGAUGGUAACUCGACGGAGUGGAUCAGCUUUAAGGAUCGUUUUGUGUCCAUGAUCCAUGAAGCGGAAGGUAUGAAGGAUGUGAUCAAACUGCAGUACCUCCUAUCAGUGCUAAAGGGUGAAGUGGCGAAAAGGUUCCAGCAUGUGAAGCUUACAACCGAUAACUAUAAUAUUACGUGGAAGGCGUUGCUAGAUCGGUAUGAUCACAAAAGAGAUUUGAAGCGUGAAUAUUUUCGGGCGCUGUUUUCUAUUCCGCCGAUGAAAAACGAAACGGUAGAAGAGCUACGACGAGUGUUCGAAGAGUUUACUCGGCUGACGGAUGGAAUGAUUGCACUAAAGGAGACCGUAGAACAGUGGGAUACACCGCUCUGCAAUCUACUUUUCUAUAAGCUAGAUGGUAAAACCUUGUUGGCUUGGGAGGAGUACUCUAGCACGGAUGACGAAGACGUGUACCUCAAGUUGCAGGAGUUUCUUCAAAGACGGUUGAGAUUACUCAAAUCUACAGUGCAUUCGACUCCAGACACGCAAAAACCCAGUUCAAUCAAGGUAGCCGGAACGAAACAGCAAAAGGGCGUUGCAUUUGUUAGCACGGUGCCACCAUCUGUUAUACGAUGUUAUGCUUGUGCACAACAACAUUACUUACACCAGUGUGAAACGUUUAAGAGCAUGCAAGUGGCUCAACGAGAGGAGGUUAUCACGUUGAAUAAGCUAUGCCGGAAUUGUUUUCGAGUAGGACACAUCGCCCAAAGAUAUUUGGAUGGACAGUUGCUGGAUCAACUACAGCAACAAGCCAAAAUCGUCACGUGUCAACAAACGCAGUGA